AUGCUCGUGAUCAAAAUCAACGCUGUUUUCGCCACUGAUCUCUUCAGUCAUGGCAGAUCCGAUGGUCUCCAUUGCUACUUAGGCAUUUUCCACUGGAGUGGCCGUAUUGAAUCAUCACCGCCGUCGACAUUGGAGUUCCACUGGGAAAAAGAAGACAUAUUUCACGUUAUAGCGAAAGUUUACGACGAUAACAAAUGCCCCAGUCGCAAAUUCUACAAUACCUUUGAAAACGAUGACGAUUUAACUCCACCUCCAGUGCCUCCCAACACGGUAAAGAAAAAAUGGCGAUGCAGAAAAAGGAAAAUGACGUCGAAAAACCGGAUGGGCAUCUCGUCGGUCGAGAGCAGAUUCUUUACCAAUGAAAGCUUUGAAGACUAUGGUAUUAACGACAGAGAAACGAAAACUCUUGUUUCAUCUUCGAGGAGCUUCUCCACUGAUUCCCCCUCAGAGAUGUUCAACACCUACUUAAAAAUUAUACUGGAAACAAAUCCUACGUGGCAAAGCAAGAAGAAAGCAAAGAAAAUUAAGAAGACAAGAAGUUACGCUAUAAGAUUUUCGUCAUCGGAGAGCGAAUCACCAGCGAGGUUGUCGAGCUUCUUGCAAUGGAUGAUACCGUGCGUGGUGGACGACAGAGUGAGGGAGAGUUUUGUGGUGGUGAAGAAAUGGGAGUUUUGUGGUGGCGAAUCUCCAACUUUUCUCAGGUAA